AUGUCUGACCGCCGGUAUGGUGAUUUCAGCGGACAAGGCUCGUCCCAUAUACAUGCGGGCGACAGUCACAUCACCAACCAUGGUCUGAUUGUGCACCUCAAUGGCGAGAACGUGAACGCCGAAACCCUCCAGCUUCUGUUGAAUCACUUAAACAGAUCAGUAGUCGAACCAACGAAGAGAGAUGCUAAGACAACAAUUGGGGACGAAAGCGAGGAUGGUAGCCAUACAACAGAACUGCCUUCGAUACGUGAUAUCCGGAUUGCAGCAGUACCUGCCCUUGCAGCAAAAAGUGCAGAAUGUCCUACCAUAGCCAGCACUGGAGCGCACAGCCAGACACCAGCUCCCCCACGUCCACCUCCGCCACCUCCCCGAGCACUCUCUGCCACUGAUAUCAGGUCGGUCCUGAAUCAAUAUCCACUGGACAAUUUGGCAGUCAAGAUCCCAGUAGAAGCGUCAAAUCAGAAACCAGUGCCGAGCAGGCCCCCAGUAUCACAAGACGCAGGGCCUCGCUCCAGUGUGCCAGGUCCAGAUUCCUCCCCAACGAAGCCAGAGCUGACUAUGCGAGUAACAGUUCGUGGUCCGCCGAAGCCUGAUGGCGCUUCUGGAAGCCAGACCAAUGCUGACAACCUUACUGUGCAGACCACUCCUCCCUAUAUCUUGGCAAGUAUUACUAUCAUCGUGGGGAAUAUUAGAACUACGUAUCUCUCGAGCUGUGGUGGAUGGAAUAGGGUGUUUUCACCUGCAAAAGUUGACAACUUGUCAGUAAGUCCUACAGCAACACAGAAUCUUCAGCUGGUGUUACGUCUAAAGAAGACUUGGUUAUGGACUCAGACUGCAAAGAAGGACUUCUUUAGCACACCGGAAAUUACACCUAAAGUCGACGUUGUGCUGAACUCCUGCACGAUUGAGAUUCCCUCGACGUGUCUACAGGCGUUGAGGCAGAAGUAUGAUGGGUACUACAUCAGCAACGAAGUCAGCGACUUACUGUCCUUUACCCGCGCUCCUGUGUCAGGAUUGUCUGCCACCGCAAACAUGUUGCUCAAUACCAGUUUGCUCGAUGGCGAGAGCUUCGUGUUAAUGUUCGGCAAAGACACGUACCUUCGCCCUACGCGAGGACGUCGCAAGGAAUCUGUCCAGUCAAGAACAGUAGAAUUCUUUACAUUGGACGUUCUUCCCCGAGAACACGUGCACAGUAUUCACGUGCGGAGUGGAGGUUACAAUCUGUUAAAAUAUCUUAAUAACGCUGGUGUAUGGCAGAGGAUGUCAGGUCCGGAUAACACGGGCAAGUUACGAGGUCGUGUUGGAGGGACGUGGGGCCACAAAACAGCACAGAUUGUCGUUCGUUUGUGCAAAGGCUGGACCUGGAUGUCGCCAGAGUCGGUCUCUUCAGAAGUGAUCGUACGGCAAGAGACAGACGAUGGACUUCACAACAGUGAGAUCAUCAUAUUCCGUGGGGACGUUCCUGACAAACUCAUCACAAAGAUCCAGCCAUGCCUGUCGAUAUGUUGCGUCAACGUCCCAGCCGUACUAAGCCCGAAGCCUUUAGCUAUAACUGGAGAAGCUAUCGGCUCGAGUGCUAUCAGCACGCAGAGCGUUACAACUACACCGCCCAUCGCCAAAGCAUCCACUAACGCCAGGCCCUCUCUCACAGCUUACGAGCCACUCAAACCUGUCGCAAAAGGCCCAGCUCCACCUCCUCCACCACGAACAUUGCGAAAACGAGACGUAGCAAUCGCUCUGGCAAGCUUAGUAUUCGACUGA